AUUUGUAUCGAAUAACCAGAGGAUGAAAACGAGAAUUUUUGUUUGCUUUGCUGUAAUACAUGUAUGUUCUUUUGGAAACGCCAUAUUUGUUAAAGAAGCACUUCUAAGACACAUAUUGGAUAAAUUGGCAACAUUAAAAAAUGCUGUUCUUGAACAACAGCCGUAUGAGCACCAGAAUGACUCAGAACGUGAAAGCAGUAGAGAAAAGACUGAAAUAUUUUUACCAGAAGCACACAUACCCUCCAGAGGAAGGAGAGAUAUUUUAAAUUUUAAACGCUUACUUACUCCUGUACAAAAGAUCGGAUUUACAGCAGUACGACAUAGCAAUUCAGCUGUUCAUGGAAAUGAAAUUAUUGUUUUCGGAACCUCUAUAACGAAUGAGGGAUCUGCGUACAACCCAACGUCCGGAAUCUUUACGGCGCCAGUCAACGGAAUGUACGUAUUUUUUUAUGAUCUCGAGUGCAUGAAAAUAAACGGCGAUACCUACGUUAAACUGAUGAAAAAUGCUGCAAACACGGGAAUUGAAUCAUACUGUCACGGACUUGGUGAUAUCGACAACUCCUCAACUCUAGGGGUUCUGUAUCUCGAAGCUGGAGACAUGGUCUCAAUAAGACUGAGUAAUUCGGACAGCAAAGUUUUUGGAUACAAAACAAUAUUUUCUGGAUUCUUAAUUUAAAGCUCAUGCAAUGUCAUUACAAGUGAAUGUAGUAAGAACAUAUUUUUGAAAAUGUAAAUUACGUGGGGUUUUUUCUUUUGUACAUCAUUAUAUAACGAUGCACACCUUAGUUAUCGCUUGCUAAUCCUAAUGUAAAUGUCUUAAUUUAAGGUAUAUGCUUUAAUGAUUUUCGAAAUAAUCAAUACAUUUAA